UUAGUGACCCGGGAGGAAUGGGGUUCGAUAGUGGACAGAGACGACCUGACGUUUAUCAGGCUACCCGUAACAGAGGUGAUAAUACACCAUACAGAAGGGCAGGAAGGGUGUAAUACUGAACGGUGUAAAGAACUAGUUAGAAAUAUACAGGCCGACAAGAAUGGAAAUUUCUGGGUUGAUAUUGGAUACAGCUUCCUGAUAUGUGGCGAUGGGAAGGUAUACGAAGGUCGAGGGUGGGACAAACAAGGUGCCCAUACCCCUGGACACAAUACAAUUGGCAUAGCCAUAGCAUUUAUUGGUAAUUUUGACGAGAAGCUACCUACCGCAGCUGCCCUAAAUGCUGCAAAAGCUCUGAUUGAAUACGGAUUGGCCAAUGGAAAGAUUUCGCCAGAUUACGAUGUAAUUGGUCAUCGCGAUGCAUCAGCCACAACUUGUCCUGGAGACGCGUUAUACAAC